AUGUGCCGACUCUACCUGUACACCACACUCAAGAUCAACGAAAUACUGGCUGUCGUUUAUCAUACCCAGAACGUGGAAAACUCCCCAGGCAAAGACUCGGCUCAGAAGAAGCUCAAGGAGCUUCUUGACAAGGAAUAUCGAUGGCUUAAGCCAGCUGACGAGAGCGACAUGUCCAGACGAUACACUCAACUAGUCCAGUCACCAACCAGAUCAAACCCUCAGAUUAGCUCGAUCAUGACCCGCCCAAGCUCUCGUUCAGACCCUCCUCCGUAUUCGACCAACUCUUCACCCGCGCCCAUCAAGUCCGAAAGGGAGGUUCACUCUGCAACUCUUGAGAACAUGCCUGAAUAUUCCUGGAGCCACAGUAGCACACCAAACCUGGUGCUGGGUUCUCCCUCGGCAAAUUUAUCUGUUCCUGGAGCGGGCUCGUUCAACCGACUGCUUCCUGACUACUCUGAAUCUUAUGUCGACUCCGUCCGAAAGCUUGUCAAAAGAUACACUGCACCUCUUGGGACAUCGAUGUUGGAGCGAAUGGUACCUGAGUCAACUGUGUGGUAUAACGACGUUGAUGCACCAUCUUGUCAACCCGGUCGGCCAUUUCCACUUCCGGGGGAUUUCCUCACUCUCGAUGUGCAACUCCAACAGCAGGGGCAUUGCUUCCCGCAAUCCCAAGAGCACAACUACCGAUGGUGCCUAUGUCACAUUGUCGCGGAGAUUUCAGAGCGGUCUUGGGUCAUUCCUCAAGGUCCCACCCCGUUCGCACAUCAGUUGCUGACUGCUGGGUUACCGCCUUCCCAGGUAGGGUACCGGGACGCUUAUGGAAACACUGCCUUGCACUUUCUCGCUGCGAGAGGAUUUCUCGAUCCUUUGCUUAAUGCUCUCAAUGCUCAGCCUGUGUCGGCUGUGGCCAACGCCAAGAAUAGCGCUGGGCAGACCUUUGCGCAUGUGCUCCCUCCAUCGCUGCUGGGGGAUCUGGACGCGACCUGCCGACUGCUAGAUUUCCUUCUUAGCAAAGUAUUUCCUGAUGGUCAGAGGUUCAAUAUUGGUGCUCGCGAUGACUAUGGCCGGACCAUUUUUCACCUGCUGUUAUCUAUGGACCUUUCGAGAAAUGCGUUGCAGUUUCUUUUGCAGCGGUAUGGCGGAGUGUUCCAUGCCCCGAGAGACGCAUUCAACCUUAUGCUCGUCGGCCAGGAACCCAUUCCUUAUGACCCUUCGCACGAUGCAACUUCCCAUCGCUCGAGCCCAGAGUCGUCUGAUUCCGAGAAAGAGAUAUCCCUUGGUGCCGAGCCUUACUACAAGGAAGCCCGUCUUUUAGAAUUGGCUCGGAAGGCUUUGGACGACCCAAAGAAGGAAGACUCGGAAGGCCGAAAUGGGCUCCAUUGUCUUGCGAUGGCAUCGCUUAGCAAGGCCACCGCCGUCAACAAAGCUGAGCAGAGCAACCGAAAUUCCCCGCCACGUCUAAGGAGAAGGGUCCAAACAGUACAUGGGAUUAUUGACUCGUCGAUUGACCGACUCAAUCUCCGACAUAGACUAGUGGAUGAGCUGCUGAGCAGCGGUGUCGAUCCGAACCAUUACGACAGCAAUGGGAACACGCCACUUAUGGCAUUCACUGCCGAAUUGCCUGAAGACGAUGAUUACAAAACCGGGCCUAUGAUACUAGAUCUGCUCUUGAAAAAAGGCGCCGACGUCAAUGCCCGAAACAGGGGUGGAGAGACCGCGCUGCAUAUCGCUGUGCGAUGUGGACGGAAGCUUGCUGCAAGGGCCUUGAUCGAGCACGGAGCCAACGUGCACGCCCGGGAUGCUGCGGGGAGGAGCGUUCUCAUGGUUGCUGACGUGAAGAUGAAGAGCGCUCGGGAGGAUGACGCCAAGGAGUAUGCGCACUUGGAAGCCUGCCGCGCCUAUCUGAGUGGCAAGGCGGGGGCUGUACAGGAACCAACCGUGCUCCAGGAAUGGGGAUCCCGGUCGAUGUGA